AUGAGAAUAACGCCUUGGAGAUCGAGAUCUGAGCUUGAACAGUUGAAGCAAUGGUUGUUUGUAGAUGAUACUCCAGCAUCGAAGAGAAGGGCCAUACAACGAAUUGACGCAUACCUUACCAGGGGUCCAUAUCUCCCACAUAUAAUAGAAUAUACGGUCCGUUUGAUGCAAUGCCAGUUGAACGACCCUGGCGAGGCGCAAGACGGCGAUGAUAUGGAAUAUUUGAAAUGGCAGUACUGCAUGGUCUUGAUUAGGUUUGUGAACGGUAUGUUAGACCCAGUGCAACAGGCACAGUUUGCUAUCCCAUUACACACACUUGCUGAAAAUAUAGGGUUGCCCAGUUGGUUCGUUGAGUUACGUCAUUUGAGUACACAUGAAAGAGAACUGCCUAGUCUUGAGAUGCUACGAUUGUGUUGCAAGGAAGCGAUACAAUGGACGUGGGAUAAUUAUUGGAAUAAUGAUGAAUGGGAAGAGGAAGAUCAGGACUUUGAUGAGGCUGAAGAUGAGGAUGCGACUGAUGAUAAUGACGACUCAGAAGCCAAGAAAAGGAAAUCACAGUCAUCUGUUCAACUGAAAUCCUUAUUCACUCAGUAUACUGGUCUCAAGAGAUUAUUGAAAGAGAAUGAGUACCUAUGGAAACGUCAAAGAAUUGCUAGAUCAACUUUUGGUGAGCAGGACUCAACCGAGGACGAAGAAGUUAGUGAUUGGUUGACAGUUUUGAAAACUGCCUGGAAACAAAUACACAAAUCAGAUUUCGUAGAGUAUAUGAUCUUGCACUGCGACGAAACCUUGUUAGAGAUAUGUUUUCAUUCCUUAGACACAUUCCAAGUCAGGUGUAUAGAGUGGCUAAUAGAAAACUACGAGAAGAGGAUCAUGAAUGAAGAGACGAAGAUUACGGAUCGGUUCUCAAAUCAUAAGAAGCUCUUGAAAUUCGUAAAUAAGUGUUGUUCCAUGGUUAACGGCAGAAAGUUUUUGAGUAAUGGAUUGUUUAGUAAUGUGGUAGAUAAGUACCACAACUAUCUCGUGUUACACAUCUUAAAGAAUUUGAGUAAUGAAAGUGGAUCUAGUGGUAAUUACAGCGGUAGUAAGUCAAGAAAGAAGAAGAAAGCGAAUGAGAUAGACGCGAAAAAAGUUAUUGAAGAAUUUGAGGCAAAGGGGAUCAGGAACGUUGAAUUAGAGCUCUACAAUUCAAGGAAAAGGACGUCUUCUGAAGAAAUAGAGCCUGUUUCGGAAGAUUCCCCGGCCUUGGAUAUAUUGAAAGACUUGAAUGAAUUGAAAAAUCAGUUCAAAAAGAUCAAACAAAGCAAUGCCCCCAUCUCCAACUGGCAAGAAGUCACCGAGUGGACGCCUAGACCAUUUGGCGUUUUGUAA